ACGUCACGCCGCUGCCCGUGACGCGUGCGCUGGCGCGGAGCGGGACCGGCCUGCCUGGGGAGGGAGCCGCUCUCCGUGAGGGAAGGGAGCCGGCGGCCGGGAGGAAACAGCGGGCCCGUACUCCUGCAGCUGUUCUUUCCAAGCCACAGCUCCAAGCAACCUGUGUGGCGUUUCGUGUUAAAUGUGUUAAAGGAGACUGCAUUACUGCGUCACAGAUGGGCAAGGUCUGUGCUGUUUUUGGAGGAUCCCGUGGGAUAGGCAAAGCUGUGGCAGAGCUCCUGGCGCAGAAGGGCUGCCGCCUGGCCAUCAUUGCUAGGAAUCUGGACGUGGCCCAGAGCACUGCCCGUAACCUUGGUGCAGGACAUCUGGCAUUUCGCUGUGAUGUAUCCAGUGAACAAGAAGUCCAAAAGACUUUUGAGGAGAUGCAGAGGAAUUUGGGUCCUAUUAACUACAUGGUUAAUGCAGCUGGGAUCAACAGGGAUGGUUUGUUACUGAGGACCAAGACUGAAGAUAUGAUAGCCCAGAUUCACACUAACCUGUUGGGAACAAUGUUGACAUGCAAAGCUGCUGUAAAGGUCAUGAUUAAACAGCAGGGAGGUGCUAUUGUCAAUAUAGGGAGUAUUGUAGGACUUAAAGGCAACUCUGGUCAAAGUGUGUAUAGUGCUACCAAAGCUGGAGUGGUUGGAUUUUCACGCUCUCUUGCUAAAGAAGUAGCAAAAAAGCAAAUUCGAGUCAAUGUUGUUGCUCCAGGCUUUAUUCACACAGAGAUGACAGCUCAUUUGGAAGAAGAUCAGUUGAAGAAAGCAAUUCUCCUUGGAAGAUUUGGAGAGCCUCAUGAAGUUGCACAAGCUGUUGUCUUUCUUCUAGAAUCCCCAUAUGUUACAGGGAGUGUUCUGGUUGUAGAUGGAGGCUUGCAGCUUAUGACCUAAGUAAUACCUUGAAGAAAUGACUGCUUUAGUGUCAUGAUGAUAAUAUAUAAAUAUGUACUAAAUAAAGGGAGAGGGCUGGAAAUCGUUUGAAGAUUGAUGUACAUAAUUGACUUGGUCUUAUUUAGUCAGAGGAGAAAUUCGGCAGCAGCGAAGUGCAACGUGUGUGUUUAGCUGCCUGAAAGAGUCUGUUUGGUAUUACAAAGCCUGUGUAUGAAACAAUUUGAAAAAGAUCUGGUUUUGAUACGGUGAUAGCUUUAAUAAUGUGCUGAUACGUUUUUAAAGCACUGUAUUUUUAUAAAGUCCUGUUUUCUAAUUUGGGAUAAAAUGAGAUUUUAUUUGAAUUAUCAUGUUACACAAAGGUUAAUAAAGUGCAGAGACAUGUUUAUUGGGUGGCAGGUAUGAUUGUAUCAAGUUUUUCAAGUAGGGCAAAGAUUGUGAACUGCAUAGUUUUGCAUUCUUAUCAGUUAGUCCCUACAAAGUAGCAAGGAGUUUCCUUUGAGCUUUGUUUGUUUGUACCUAACACUACAAAGCUAGGAACUUCUGGAUCUUCAGCAUACCUGAAUUACCUUUAGAAGAUUUAAUUAUAUGCAAUGUGUUUUUAUAAAGACAAAGCCUACUUAGGUCCAUUCCUGAAUGUAGGUACAGCACUCUCUCAAUCCAGUGACUCUUGAGUGUGCCCAUCGAAGGACUGGUACAGGACUGGAGCUGCUAAUCCUCUCAUAUUCUCAGCCUGAGCUGCACACACACUGCUGAACACUGCAGCUGCAGACCUUGCUGUUUAGGACACUUUGCAAGGACUCACUAGAUGUUUAGAAUAUGUAUCACUUCCAGAGUAUGAAGUAUGAAGGUGUUGUAUGUUGUGCUCUGUAUCUUCAUGAACACUGUUCAGCUGUUGGUGCUCCCUCAUAUGUAUGUAUAGUCAAUAAAAUAGCCAUUUAUUUUAUUCAAAGCAACUUUUGAAGCAGAGUAAUUAUUCUGCUGUAAAUGAUUCUGAGUGUUCCUGUUUUGCUGAAAACUUACCAAAUGUUUGACCUCGGGCUUUUCUAGUGAGCUCAAGUAACUUUUGAUAAUAGAUGUUUUUUAUUAUCUCUGAAGAAAACUAUGAAUGUGGUUUAGGACCUUCACUUCUUAGUUCUGGUGUUCAUUGCAUCAUGAUCCAGAUGUUAAUUCAGCUUUUGAAAUUACUUCAGUACAGAGAGAUCUCCCAGAUGAUAACUGAGUCUUUAAAGCUGGAGAUUUUCUUCAUUUGUGCAGCUGAGAAAUUUUGUCUUUGUGCCAGAAAACAGUGCAUGUUCAAACUUCUUGCAGGUAUGUAUUGAGAAAUAAUGCAAGGACUACUUGUAUGAUCAGGAGAUUUUACAAUUGGUUGUAUAAUUCACUUUGGAAUACAGAAUACGCCUCAAAGUAACCUUCCAGGAAUCCUUAACUUCCUGUUAUUGCUGUUAUGUAUCCUAUGUGUCUUUGCACCAAAAAUAUUAUUGCUAGUUGCAUUUUUCCUUGAUAGAAGGAGUUGGCCAGAGAUUAUGAGAAUUUUUUUCAAGGGCACUGAAAGUGAGGAAGGACAACUGGUACAUUUUCACUAGUCAAGUAGGAAUAUGUCAGUGACUUGGCUGUUGCCCAUACCUGUCCUUGAUAUCAUACAAACAGACCCUGUGUGACGUAUCUUGACCAAAAGCCAAACUUAAGAAACUAGUAAUAAUUCUCUUCUAGUGAGUUCUGACCCUAAUUUUUUUUUUUUUUUGUAAGUAAGUUGUUAAAUAAGUUAUUAGCAAUGGAAUUUUUAGUUUACUUUUGCAAUUAAAACCUGGAAUAAUGUUGUCAGAAGAAUCCCAGCAUGCCACAGAGUAAUUGCUUUAGAAAGUUUCAGUACAUACUAUGUUUUUAUUAUUGCUGUUGCUAUAGGGCCAGACUGAAGUGUUGGUAGCUUUAAAUCAUACUUUUAAAAAGCUUUUUUAACUCUUUUCUUCAAACUGGUAAAUUAGAACUGAAAACUGGUAAACAUAAUCCUGUCUGUCCUGGUGUGAUGUCUCGGACAGGGGAGUAGGGGAUGUGCAGGGUAGGUAACAGAUCAGGUGUGUGUCUUCUUAGAAGACUCUGGUAGCUCCAGCAGUUUGUGACUGGGAUGCUUGAACCCAAUGGGUAGCUCUGGUUGAGGCAGGCAGGGAUUAAAAACAGCCCUCUGGUGCUCUCUCUGUUUUGCUUUUGAAUUUGUAGACCUCUAUCUUAUCCUGUUUCUGUUUUGUACUGAAGAGUCAUACAUUCCUUGCAUCCAUACAGUUGCUUGUUGCUUUUGUAUCUUGAAUUGUCUUAGUUGAACUUUGUUUUACUUUUACAGUUUCUCAAGGAAGGAGCAACAGGUAGAACUACUUGCAGAAUUCACUGUGGACCUAUUGAAAAAAUAAAUUGUUCUAUGAUUUGUUUUA